GUUGCGUGUUUUUCCUGUGCAUUCCCGUCGUGAUAAUGGGGUCCUUUCCUGUGCUGGGAUUUUCUGUCCUGUACGCCUUGUUCCUAGCGCACUCAAUUGAAGGUGCCGUCCUGCGGCAGUACACCUGCGACAGUUACUUUCAAUCUUGGUGUCAACUGCACAACGCCACCGUUCAGAUGGAAGCGGACGUUCAAACGACGGUGUUUCCGGCAGUGCGCCAGCUUGGGUUCAUUUUCGGGAAAAUCGGUAACUUCUCGCACACCUUUAACAACCAACUGUUCCGGGCGGGUGUGCUGCGAGUGUUCGCCCGUGGUACCCUUGUUUCGCGCCUUACCAUGCCGAGCACGAUCGAGCAGCUGUAUCUGCGCGAUAAUGAUCUGCGUACGGUCGAGAUCGAUCCACGCGCACGUUACGUGUUGCGUUAUCUUCGCUUGCAGAUGAACAAGCUGCGUACGAUCGCACGUUUCGAGCACCUUACUCAGUUGUUGGAGUUGAACUUGUGUGAUAACUUGAUCGAGGAUGUGCCGUUGGACACGUUCGCUACCAUGCCCAACCUGCGUCAGUUGGUUCUGUGCGGGAAUCACAUCAAAACGUUGGGUCCAACGACAGCGUCCUUCGUCCAGCUUUCGGCGUUGACUCAUCUCGAUUUGGGUGGUAACUUCUUGACACAACUACCCCUCGAUCGAUGGCAGCUACCGGAGUUGAUUAAUCUGAGUGUGCGUGAUAACUUACUGACAGCGCUGGAUAGUAGCACGAUCGUACGACGUUUUCCACGGCUAAGGAUCUUCGAUGCUUCCGCGAACGCGCUUGAUUGUCGCUCAUACCACAACGCCUUGCAAACGUUUGCUAACCGAUCGGUGGUGCAUUUGAUCGAUCGGCGAAUGUGUGCGGUGGAUGAUGCGAUUGUGCUGGAUGCACAAGGAACGCACCGGUCCGUCGGUGAUGGUCCUACUGUUCCUCUGGAGGUGCGUCAUCUCAAGGAACGCAUCUUUCUUCAGCAGCGCACCAUUCAGGUUCAACGGAUGGAGAUCGAGCAGCUGCGUGCCAACCUUACCACGCUGAUGGAGCAAUUCGAUCUGAUAGCGGAUCCGGCACGAGCACACGAUCCUUUCUAA